GCCCCACUAACGCAAGCCUUGCAGGCCUAGCUGCAGCGCUUGCGAUGCGCUGUUACAGUGGGCAGAGAAGGAAAAAAAAGUUAGCCGGCGACUGGAAAAGAAAACAAAUUUGCAUUCCGUCAUACGCCUUCUUUGCCUUCGCCCUUCCCCACCAAUAUCUCACUAGGCCACUAGAAUACGGUUGCUUGCUCCUCUCCAAACUUGCUUCAUUCAUCCUCUUUUCCGACUUUCCUCGUUUUCCUCAUCCUCUCGAUAUCGUGUUUUUCCGUGUUCGAAGCCUUCCGUCUGUUGCAAUCCGCCGCAGACUCGAAUCCCACAUAGCUUAGCUUCUCUAGGCGCCGCUCCUCCGCGAGCCGCGUCCAUCGCCAGAGCUUGCUACAAUGGGCUCCAAGAUGGCGCUCUCCAAGAGCACUCGCAUCAAGAUCAUGAUUGCCAUUGACACUGUUUUCUUCUUGAUCGAGCUCAUCUCCGGCUUCCUCGCCCACUCGCUGGCGCUUACCGCCGAUGCUUUCCACAUGCUGAACGAUAUCAUUUCCCUCAUCAUCGGUCUCUGGGCUGUUACUGCUGCUCAGAAGGAAACCACAGACGAAUUCACCUUUGGCUGGGUUCGUGCUGAAAUCCUCGGUGCCUUUUUCAACGCCGUCUUCCUCAUUGCUCUUUGCGUUUCCAUUGUCCUCGAAGCUCUUACACGCUUUGUCGAGCCUCCUGAGAUCAAAAACCCCAAGCUUAUCCUCGCUGUUGGCUGCGCUGGUCUGGUGUCCAACUUGGCUGGCUUCCUCGUCCUCGGUGGUCAUGGCCACUCUCACGGACCUGGUGGUCACGAUCACGGCGACGAAGAGCAAGGCCACUCCCACGCCCACAGCCACACCCACGAUACCGAACCGCCCAUCUUCUACAGAGACGAAGUGGCCGACGAAGAGGGCAGCAUUGGUGAUGUGCUCCCCGAAACUAUUGUUGCCCGCGCCGCCGAUGGUCGCCGCAUUCGCUUCCACGAUGACCCUGCCACCGAAGACGCCGACGUUGAGGCUAACUUCCGAUCUUCUAAGCGCAACUCGACUCACUCCGCUAGAGGCCGUGACUCCCGCCGUUCUAGCAAGAUGUCUGGCCAUGGUCGCUUCGCUAGCCUUGACGACAUGAGCAUUCACCCUUCUAGCUUCCGCCAGGACAUCAUUGCUGCUGGUCUUAACACCAACCCUAUUCCCUCCGAGAGUGAUACCGAAGACGACUUGAUUGGCUUUGAGUCCGCUACUGAUGCUACUGAAGACUCGCCUCUAGUUUCCAACAACAAGGACUCCUCCAACGAUGCCCCUCAAACCCAGCCCAGCCCCCUCCGCCUCAAGCGCCGCUCUCGCCGCGACUCGAGCGUCCACGACGGCCACAACCACACUCUUCCUAAGCAGCCUGGAAAGAAGGGUGGCCACGACCACGGUGACAUGGGUAUGAACGCCAUGAUCCUCCACGUCAUUGGUGAUGCCCUCGGCAACGUUGGUGUCAUUGCCACUGCUCUUAUCAUCUGGUUGACCGAGUGGCCCGGCAAGGAGUACGCUGAUCCCGCCAUUUCGCUCUUCAUUACCGCCAUUAUUCUCAACACCUCGAUCCCUCUUACCCGUGCCACGUCGCGCAUUCUCCUCCAGGCUACCCCCGAGAACAUCAGCAUCAGCGAGAUCCGCCAGGACAUUGAGCGUCUCCCCGGUGUCGUCAGCUGUCACCACGUACACGUCUGGCAGCUCUCCGACACCAAGGUCGUUGCCAGCAUGCAUCUUCAGGUGUCUUUCCCUCUCAACACCAACUCUGGCGCAAAGUACAUGCAGCUGGCCAAGCGAGCGCGUAAGUGCCUCCACGGCUACGGCAUCCACAGCGCAACCAUCCAGCCCGAAUUCUGCCUCGAUCCCCAGCAGCUCCACGGCGAAGCUUCCGAGCUCACCCUGGACGGCGCCGCCGAUAUGGCUUCUUCCACUGAUGCCGCUUGCUUGCUUGAGUGCAUCGACGACUGCCGCGCCGAGGGGUGCUGCACUGCUGACAGCGCCUCCAAGGCAUCGUCUAUCCGCAGAGCCAGCGACUCCGAGGCUGAUGGUGGCCAUUCUCACUCCCAUCAGCACUAGAGUCUUUUCAUUACUAGAGUUUGGAUAUUAACGGCGUAUAUAAUAUCACCGGUGUGCAGGAGAGAACAUAGUGGGCUGUAUCGAAGAGAACAUCCCUGCCGCGGAGAGAAGGGGAGGAAGAGUUUUACGUGGGCGUUUUUUAUACUGGUCUAGGAGACGAACAGAACAGACAGUGUAACUAUGUUUUAUGGCACGCUUUUUUGAUCACAAUGUGGCAAAGUUUUGGUGUUUUCCUUUUUGUUAUACUGUACUAGGGUGUUUUUCUUGUCUUUGUGAGCUGGCCUGUUAAUGCUGUUUGCUGCGUGUGAUGCUUGGAUACUCUAUGGUCGGUCCCGUGUGCUUUCGUAUCGUCUUGG